ACAACAAUAAAUUGAUAAACAUGUGAAUAGAUAGAUAUGAAAGCAUUUAAAGUAUAUGUAUUUGUUGUAUCAACAUCAUCCUCGGGGUUUCUUUAGAAAAAGAAAAGGAUACACACACUAAUUGCGCUGCUGCAUCAUGGGAAGUAGCGGGUAUGUUCAAAUAGUGUCAGUGAGACCUUCAGAAAUUUGUUUCGCUCACGACAGUAUCCAAUCAUAUUUUAGCGAUGGACGAUCGCUUGAGGAAACAUUUCGCGAACUGCUGUGGGAAGAAAUCAGUGUGGAAUCCCUGCCAAUGAUAGAAAUUAUGCAGAAUAACAGCUAUUGGUCCCCUCGUUGGUUUGUGGUGCGUGGAAACAGAAGAUUAUUUCUGUAUCAGAAACUUGAGGAAUUAGGACGAUUGAAAUAUGUCAAGGUCAUCAGGAGGUCAUAUGACGAAGCAACAUUUAAACGACAAGUUACUACAGUUAACAUGGGUAAAAGCGUCCGAACAAGGGGUUCAUACUUGGAUCAGAGACUCGGUGAAAUUUGGAAAGAGUACAAACGCGAGAAAGGAUACUGCACAAUUUCUUAAAUGGCAAAGGAUGAAAAGUUGAAUCUUUAGAUGACAUCCAUUUUUUAUACAGUUUAUAACAAAGUAAAAUACUUCAAACUUGUUAAGGCUCUUUCAUUAUUUUAAAUCAGACAUUUCUCAAUAAAAGUAUUUCCCGAAUUGAUAGAAGGUACAUGUGUCAAACACUUU